CUGUUACAGGCGCUUCUAGAAGUUUCACGCUUGUUAAAAAUCGUUCGCCGAUCUCAUCUUUUCCGCUGAUUCCUGGUUCCUACGUUAUUUUUGAAAGGAAAGCUAUACAAGUAUAUUUACUGUCUAAACAUCCACGCCUAUAUCAAGAUCUACGAAUAAUGACAACCCAGGAGCAGGCAGUCAAGGAGAAGCAGCUGGGAAAUGAAGCUUAUAAAAAGAAAGACUUUGAGACGGCUUUAAGCCACUACGCACGUGCAAUUGAGCUUAAUCCAACAGACAUAAGUUUCUACACCAACCGUGCAGCCGUGUACUAUGAACAGCUGCAUUAUGACAAUUGCAUCAAGGAGUGUGAGAAAGCUGUGGAGGUAGGGCGAGAAAGCAGAGCCGACUUCAAACUCAUUGCAAAGGCACUAGGAAGGAUUGGAAAUGCCUACAUGAAGAAGGAGGAUUAUCAUAAGGCAGCUACUUACUUUGACAAGUCACUUGCUGAACACAGAACUACAGAUGCCCUGCAUAGGCGACAGCAGGCAGAGAAAAUGAGAAAAGAAACUGAAGCUAAAGCUUAUAUAAACCCAGAGAAAUCCUUGGAAGCAAAAGAACAGGGAAAUGGCUUUUUCAAAGUGGGUAAUUACCCGGACGCUUUAAAAAUGUACACGGAAGCCAUCCUUCGCAACCCAGAGGAUAGUAAAUUGUACAGCAAUCGUGCUGCCUGCUACACAAAGCUAGCCGAAUUCAACCUAGGUCUGAAAGACUGUGACAUGGCAAUCAAGCUAGAACCAACGUUUGUACGAGCAUACCUCAGAAAGGCCAACAUUUUGAUGGGACUAAAAAAUAUGAGUGAUGCAGCAAAGACAUUCCAGAAGGCAAUAGAACUGGAUCAAAACUGCCAGGAGGCGCUCGAAGGAUACAAGAAGUGCAUGAUGACGACGAACGACCCGGAGGAGGUGAAGAAGCGCGCGAUGGCCGAUCCCGAGAUUCAGAAGAUUCUUGCCGACCCGGCGAUGCGGAUGAUCCUCGAGCAGAUGCAGCGUGACCCACGCGCACUAGAGGAGCAUUUAAAGAACCCAGACGUAGCUCAAAAGAUCGAGAAGCUGUUCACGUCUGGGCUCAUUCAGAUUCGCUAACGCUUGCGCUGUGCAGAGGUACUUAGCCAACUUUUACUGUGUCAUAGUGGUGUGUGUUACGUUGCAACCGACUGCGUACACUUACAAGUCGUACGGAAGCCUCGCACCAUUACAAAUGUGUAGGAAUCUGUUCGUAUACAGAAGCGGACCACCAGCAACGGGUUUCUAAUAAAAUAAUAGCCCCCUUGAUUCCAGUCACGUUUGUCAGCGGAUUUAAUCAGUUAUUAACAGUAAGCUGAAAACGUGUCAAUAUUUACUGUGUGAGUACUGUUAAGCACAUGAAAGAAACUUCUUAUUGGUGCUAUACCUUACAUUUCAUCAACAGCGCAUAUUAGAAGGGGCAUCGUGUAUUGUUCAGUGAAUGGCAGUCGUUCAUCUGAGGAUUAGUUAUCCACGAGGUGGCGCCACGUGUUCAUCUGACCCGUGCGUGCGUGUGACUAUGAGCAUGUGUGAUUGCAUUUUGUAAAGAAACAUUGCAACUGUUGUGCGGCCUACUCUGUUUUCUGCAAUCUAUAAAUGCAUGUGAACCGACAAAACAUUCUAAUGACUAUGGCAGAUUCUAUACAGAUUCUGAGAAUUAAUGAGUAAGAACUCCUAAUGAGUAAGUUGGGCCACCUCAGUUGGUUGCCUCACUGAUACCCGGUGAAUGUACGAAUGAGGAUGCGUACGUGUUAAAUUAAAGUUAUAAUAGCA